AUGACGGAGACGCGUCGAUUACAAUUGCACCUUGGAAAAUGUAUCGAAGAUUUAGACAAAUUACACAACGUUCCAGACCUAAAAUCAAAAAGAGCAACAUUGUUAUGCAAAACUGCACAAAAAUUGUUUGAGAAAGCAGAAGAAGAGCGGACAAGAGGCGAUGAGGAAAAUUCUUACGUGUAUUACAUGAAAUACCUGCGUGUUAUAGCAUUCAUUAGCAAGGACAAAGAAUAUUUGAAGGACAAAACUUACUUCAAUAACAUGCUGGGGUCAAAGAACCCUAAUAAAGCUAUUGAUGCUGCUGAAAAACUUAAAAAUAGCCUAAUUGAUAGGUACGCUAAGGAACAGAAAGCGAAACGCUUGCAUGAUAUCAAAGAAAAUGAACUGAUUAAACAGAAAAUUGAUGAAAACAGAAAGAAAGCAAUAGAAGCUAUUGCUGUUCAUGAACAACCACAGACUAUCGGACUCCCUGGACCGGACGAGGUGACGAUAAAAAGUGAGCAACUGUAUGCAAUCCUGAAGUCCGGCAAGCUGAAAGUCAUGAUACUAGACGCGCGACCCGGCAAGGACUACUUGGAAUCGCAUAUCAACUACCCGGCAUGUAUCAGUGUACCAGAGGAAUCUAUUUCGCCAGGUCAAUCGGCGAAUGUCCUGGAACAAAACCUGCCUUCGGCAUCCAGACUGGUGUGGGCAGAGCGUGCGGCCAUGGAGCUUAUUGUAAUGCUAGAUUGGAGCAGCACUACGGUCAUUCCAGGCAAAACGCUCCACCUACUGAAGACCAUACUCCUCAGGUGGGACGUAAAAGUUCAGUACGCCCGUCCACCCCUAGCGUUGCUGGGGGGGUACGAAGACUGGCUCCUGAAGUAUCCAGCGUUCACCACGAACCCUCAAGCCAUCCCUCCCAGCCAGGACAGCAUGCUCGAUGAUAUGCUUGGGGAGAUCGAAUAUCCGAACUGGUCGGAUCUGAACCCACCGCCACCGCCGCCACAGGCCGCACCCACUCGACCCGUCAAGCCAGGAGAACCCGUAAUCGACCGGACGAGUAAGGUGGCAGCCAUGCAGCUGUACGAGGAACGAGCCCGCAACAUGCAACUCAUUCUAGAAGAGCAGGAGCGCAUAGCUGACACCUCACUCACGCUCGAGAUGCAGAGGAUAGAAGCUGAACAGGACUGGGAGAAGGUGCGGGAGCAGCGGGAGACGGAGCCGCGGGACGAGCUGCGGGCGAUGUACCAGCUCAGGGAGCAGGAGAUCAUCUCGCAGCUGAUGCAGCUCGAGAACAAGCAGUUCGACAUGGAGCAAGAGAACCAGAGCCUCCGCGAGCAGCUGGAGGAGUACCAGCGGCGGGAGCGCGAGGAGGCGGAGAGGCUCGCGGAGGCCAUCGCCCAGGGCGAAGACCGCACCAGCUCGGGUGCGGACAACCAAGCUCGGGAGGCGGAGGCGCAGGCGGUGCGCGCGCUGGGCUUGGAGGCGGGGCGCGAGCUGGCGCUGCGGCGCGCGCGCAUCGCCGAGGUGCGCGCGCAGCGGCAGCGCCUCGACCGGCGCAGGGAGGCGCUCGAGGCGGAGCGCAAGCGCAAGCUGGCCGAGGCGCGCGCGCGCGCCAAGCCGCAGGAUGAAGAUGGCGACGCCUUCAUGGAGCCGCUGGAGGAAGGCGCCGAGAGCCAAGGCCUCAGCAGAUCUCAGUCCUCGCCUAACAUCGCGAAGGCUCCUAGCGAGGAGGAGGAGGCGCCUACGCCACUGUUCGACCGGAGCACCAAACCCCACAAGCUGUCGCCGCCCAGCGAAAUGCAGCAGCGAGACUUCCAACCGGUGUGGGGGGACGUCGGUCGCGGCCUGACCGGUCUGAAGAAUCUGGGCAAUACCUGCUACAUGAACUCCAUAAUCCAGUGCCUGAACAACACAGCGAUACUGGUCACCUACUUCUGCAACGGUCAAUACCUGGAGCACGUGAACAGGUCACACAGCACGCGCGGCGCGAUAGCGGAGGAACUAGCGGCGGUGGUGCGCGCACUGUGGUCCGGACAGUACCGCUUCAUCGCCACAAAGGACCUACGGAACGAGGUGGGCAAACACCAGCGCGCGUUCCGCGGCGGCGAGCAGCAGGACUCCCACGAGUUCCUCACCAUCCUCAUGGACUGGCUCCACCUCGAUCUUCAGUUCACCAUCAAACCGCCACAGAAGGAAACGUUGCCGGCCGCCGACCGGGCGUGGCACGAGUACACCAGGUGCAAGGAGAGCCUGGUGCUACGGCUGUUCUACGGCCAGAUCCGCUCCACGGUGCGGUGCCUACGCUGCUCCGAGCGUAGCGCCACCUACGACUCCUUCUCGAACCUGUCGCUCGAGCUUCCGGCGAACGCGAGCAGGUGCACGCUCCAGGACUGCCUCCGGCUCUACCUCAACGGGGAGACGAUUCCCGGCUGGAACUGCCCCAAGUGCAAGGAGAAACGGGACGCAGUCAAGAAGCUGGACAUAUCGCGCCUGCCGCCCGUUCUCGUUGUGCACUUCAAACGGUUCUACGUCGACCCGAAGGAGUACUCGAGCAACGCGUACCGAAAGAGACAGACGUAUAUCGACUUCCCGCUCGAGGAGUUGGACAUGAGCCAGUUCUCGCUGCACUGUCCCGGCAACCCGAUGUACAACCUGUACGCGGUGUCCAACCACUACGGCUCGAUGGAGGGCGGCCACUACACCGCCUACUGCAAGAGCAGCGUCUACGGCAAAUGGUACAAGUACGACGACCACGUGGUGACCGAGAUACCGGCCAGCGAGGUGAAGUCGAGCGCCGCCUACAUCCUGUUCUACACGUCGUGCCGCUCC